GAAGGUUCAAGGGGCUAGUGAUCUGCCCACCAGACUGGGACACUUGCUAGUUCUAUACCCCAACCCUACCCCAGGCUUUCUGAUCUCUACUAGUCUGGGCGCUGGGAAGUCCAGCUGGAUGCAGGCAGCCUGGCUCUUGGGGGCCCUACUGGUCCCUCACCUUUUGAGUUUUGGCCAUGGAGCCCGAGGUCAUGGGAAGGAAUGGGAAGGAGUCUGGGGAGGUGCCCUGGAGGAGGAGCGAGAUCGGGAGUCACUGAUGUUGAAGAAUCUCCAGGAGGCCCUAGGGCUGCCCACUGGGGUGGGAAAUAAGGAUAAUCUUGCUGAAAACUCUGAAGGCAAAGAGGUCUGGGAGGCCACGGAGACUCAAGGGGAAGAAGAGGAAGAGGAAACCACCACAACACCUUCUUCUAGCCCCACUCCUUUCCCCAGCCCUUCUCCUACAUCAGAGGACACAGUCACUUACAUCCUGGGCCGCUUGGCCAGCCUCGAUGCAGGCCUACACCAAUUGCACAUCCGUCUGCAUGUUUUGGACACCCGUGUGGUUGAGCUGACCCAGGGGCUGCGGCGGCUGCGGGAUGCCGCGAGUGACACCCGCGACUCAGUGCAAGCUCUGAAGGAGGUACAGGUCCGUUCUGAGCAGGAGCACGGCCGCUUGGAGGGCUGCCUGAAGGGCCUGCGCCUAGGCCACAAAUGCUUCCUGCUCUCGCGAGACUUCGAGACACAGGCGGCGGCGCAAGCGCGGUGUAAGGCGCGAGGUGGGAGUUUAGCGCAGCCUGCGGACCGCCAGCAAAUGGAUGCUCUAAGCCGGUACUUACGAGCUGCUCUUGCCCCCUACAACUGGCCAGUGUGGCUGGGAGUGCACGACCGGCGCUCGGAGGGGCUCUACCUUUUCGAGAACGGCCAGCGCGUGUCAUUCUUCGCCUGGCACCGCGCACUCAGCCCGGAGUCCGGCGCCCAGCCUAGUGCGGCAUCCCAUCCACUUAGCCCGGAUCAGCCCAAUGGCGGCAUCCUGGAGAACUGCGUGGCCCAGGCCUCAGACGACGGCUCCUGGUGGGACCAUGACUGUGAGCGGCGCCUCUACUUCGUCUGCGAGUUCCCUUUCUAGAGAGCAGGUCUCUGCCGCGGAGCUCUAGCGCACAUUCUGCACCGUACACCGCGCACCCUACUGUUAGGGGUCUGGGGUCGCUCAGAGAUUAAGCAAGACCAUGGAUACAUUUUAAUAAGAAGAGGCUUUUAAUUUUAGAUACUGGCACCCAGACUGAUUGGGGCCAAGGUCUACACCUGAGAUCGCUUCCAAGAUGCAAGCCCUAGCUAUUAUCAGCCCAGAGCUUAUAAAGGCAAAUCCCACAAGAUUGCAUGUAGCCUGAUGACAUGGAGGCAGGGGCUUAAAUUUUAACAUAUAUGUCUUGUAGUUGUCCUAGUCAUCCUUUGAGCAGAGGAAGCAAGAUUGAUUACAAAAGCAGAGAUAGCAGUUAGUCGUACAACUAAAUUUGCUAGAACAGCAAAUUUUACAAGACCAAUCAAUUUCAAAAUAGUCUUCAAUAUCUGGGAGAAAGGGGAAGUGGACUGCUAGUGUACAGCCUGCACAAGCUAGGAGCUUUCGUCUUAGAGCCAUAUUUGCUUUGGUCUCUCAAGCGUAGUGAGUCUAAACUUCUAAAUGUAAUGUUGAAUACCUACGGUGUACAUUCUGCACCCUGUACCCUACACUGCGCCCUACAUCCCACUCUGUACACCUUUCAUUCUACAACCUACAUAGUGCAACCUGCACCUUGAACCCUCCUUGGGCCAGAAGUGCCACCAAUCCUGGCUGGUCCCCCACCCCCACCCUGAGAGAUAGCCUGUACAACUUCUCCAUGUCCCCCCACCUGUCUUUGAAACUUCAAGGUCCCAACUAGGCCCGGUGCCAAUAAAUCCUUUUAAAAUAUAA